AUGGCGUCCACCGACCUAACAUCGAAGAUAGCUCCGUUUCUGGAUCGCCAUUUGGUGUUCCCGCUGCUGGAGUUCCUUCAGGACCGUCAGAUCUACCCCGAGGAGGAGAUUUUGACGGCUAAGAUCGAGCUGCUGGGGCGCACGAACAUGGUGGACUACGCCAUGGACAUCCACAAGUCGCUGCACCACUCAGAGGAGGUUCCGCCCGCCAUGGUGGAGCGGCGCGGCGAGGUGGUCAGCCGCCUCAAGACGCUCGAGGAGGCGGCGGCGCCGCUUGUCGCGUUCCUGCAGAACCCUGCGACGGUGCAGGAGCUGCGCUCCGAUAAAGCGUACAACCUGCUCAUGCUUCAGGAGAAAUACCAGGUGAGACCAACAGAGGCUCGUACAGCGCCACGCUGGGACAACUCGACCAGCCGUCGUUGCUUCUCUCUCCGCGUCCCUAGCUCCUUUUCUCGCCGUCCCCCCCUCCCCCGGCGCCUCUCCCCUCCCUCCUUCCGAAGCUUCCGCGCGUCCGUCACUUGUCGCUCGCGCUCCUCCGCCCCCUCUUCCUUCCCCCUUCCUCUCCCCCCUGCGCAGAUCGGCGCGGAGGGCGUGGAGGCUCUCUGCUGGUAUGCCAAGUUCCAGUUCGAGUGCGGCAGCUACAGCGGCGCCGCCAUCGGCGCGGAGGGCGUGGAGGCGCUGUAUUGGUACGCCAAGUUCCAGUUCGAGUGCGGCAACUACAGCGGCGCCGCGGACUUCCUCUACCAGUACCGCCUUCUCUGCUCGUCCCCGCAGCGCGCGCUCUCCGCGUCGUGGGGCAAGCUGGCCGCGGAGCUGCUGAUGCAGAACUGGGACGCCGCGGGGGAGGAGCUCGCGCGGGUGAAGGAGAUGAUUGAUUCUCAGACCUUCGCGUCCCCGUUAGCGGUGCUGCAGGAGCGCACGUGGCUGCUGCACUGGGCGCUCUUCGCCAUGCUGCACUCGGAGAACGGCCGCUCCAACCUCGUCGACCUCUUUCUCCAGGACAAGACAAGUAAGUGCGCUCUGCCCCGCUCACUCCUCUGCCUGCAGGACAACGCCAUCCAGACGAACGCGCAGCACCUGCUGCUCUAUCUGGUGGCGGCCGUGCUCACAUGCACGCACUGCCACAGCGCAGUGAAGGAGGUGACUUUUGAGUCGACUCAAAAAUGUGCUCACAUGCACGCACUGCGUGUAAGUAGACGACUUUUGAGACGGCCGUGCUCAAAAGUCGGCUACCUGGUGGCGGCCGUGCUCACAUGCACGCACCGGCACAGCGCAGUGAAGGAGGUGGCGCGAGUGGUGGAGGAUGUGGGGGUGGGUGGAUUGAGGCCCGCUCCUGUUCCUCACCCUCUCUCUCCUCAUUCUUCCCCCAUUCUCUCCCUCCUUUCUGUCCCCUUCCCCCUCCCUCCCCCCCUCCCCCCCCCACCCUCCCCCCCUCCUCCUCACCCCCCUAUCAGGUAUCUGAGCGCAAUCCAGGCGAAUGCGCAGCACCUGCUGCGCUACCUCGUUGCAGCUGUGCUCACAUGCAAGCCCCGUCCCCUUUUCCCCUAUGCACCUCGCCCCCCUACCCCCUGCUCCCCCUCUCGCCAGACGAACGCGCAGCACCUGCUGCGCUAUCUGGUGGCGGCCGUGCUCACAUGCAAGCGCAGGCGCAGCGCAGUGAAGGAGGUGGCGCGGGUGGUGGAGGCGGAGAGGCAUGCCUACAGCGACCCGCUCACGCAAUUCCUGCUGGCGCUGGUUGUGGACCUUGAUUUCGAUGAGGCUCAGAGCCGGCUGAAGGAGUGUGAAGAGCUACUGUCGAAUGUUUUCUUUCUGGGCAAGCGCAUGGCGGAGGGAGGGCGGGUACGUGGCCCUCAGCUACUGUCGAAUGAUUUCUUUCUGGGCAAGCGCGUGGCGGAAGGCGGGUAUGUGGCGGUGCCGCUGAGGGACGAGGUGAUUGACAGUGCGCGCCUGCUCAUGUUCGAAAACUACUGCAGCAUCCACCGCCGUAUUGACAUCAAUGCGCGCCUGCUCAUGUUUGAGAACUACUGCAGCAUCCACCGCCGCAUCGAUAUCAAGGUGGUGGCAGAGAAGAAGAGCAUGGCAACGGAUGCAGCUGAGCUGUGGAUGGUGGUGGCGGAGAAGCUGAGCAUGGCAACGGACGCAGCGGAGAGGUGGAUGGCGAAUCUGAUCCGCACUGCCAAGCUGGAUGCUACCAUCGAUUCGGAGGCCGGCACGCUCGUCAUGGCCACUGCUCAACCCAACGUGUACGUUGCUGGGCAUGGGUACGAGAACCUAAUAGAGCGAUCGAGAGGCCUCACCUCUCGCACCUAUGCCCUCGCCUCCAACGUCGCAGCUAUCGCCCUGCAGCAGUAG